AUGGAAUGUCUAAUAUCAGUGAAACGAACUCAUACCAGAAAAAUGGAAACAUCCGGCAAAACACGUGAAGCUGUUCUUGUUAAAGAUUUCACAGUUGUACCGAUAAAAUUUGAAGAAUCCAGUUGUGCCUGUCAUAAUAUCUACUUUAAAGAACAUUCACUACAUAGAGAGGAUACCAAACCUAAAGGAAGGACAUUAUUUAUAACUAAUAUACCCCCUUACUGCACUACGGAAGUACUCCAUAGAUUGUUUUCCCAAUUUGGAAAUAUUCAAGCAGCAUUCUUCAGUGAGGAUGAAAAACCUCAAAAUAAGUCAAGAAGAAACAAAAUUCAGCUUAAAAAUUCUUUCAUUGAAAAUAUAUCAACUAAGGGUUUUAAAACAGCAUAUGUCCUUUAUAGAGAUAAAAACAGUAUAGUUCGAGCUUUAAAAGCCUCAUAUGAUAAACCAUUUAUUAUAUCAACACCAACACAACCUGUUUUAACAGGUCUCAGAAAAUGGCAAAAAGAAUAUGAAGUAAAGCAUACAGAUUGGAAUGAACUUCAAGAAGAAAUAGAUGAGUACAUGAAAGGAUAUGAUUCUAGUCUAAGCAAAAAAAUAGAAGAAGAGAAAGAAAAAGAAGGUGUAGCUGAUGAAGAAGGCUGGGUUACAGUAACAAAACAUGGUAAAUUAAAACCUACAUCUCGUACAGAGGUAAACCAGAGAAAAUUAACUAAAAAGGAUCGAAAGAAGAAAAAAGAAAGGGAGCUAUUAAAUUUUUAUACUUUCCAAAUAAAACAAGAGAAGCAAGAUAGAAUUGCAGCUUUAAGGCAGAAAUUUGAAGAAGAUAAAGUCAAGAUUGCUCAAAUGAAAUCAGCUAGAAAAUUUAAACCAUAUUGAGAUGAUGGGAAUUAUAGAACUUGGUUCCUUGUCAGUAGGGACCAAUGAUGUUUUGACUAUGGGUAUUAUGUUGAAUACCUCUAAAAUGAUGUCAGAUGAAAUAUUCUAAAACAAUUAUGCCCUAUUUCCAGCAUUGAUCGAUUUAUUUAAGUUGAUAGCAGGACAUAUUAUUCUAUUGUGUUUAUUCUAUCAUCAAAGUAUCCUCCACUCAAGUACUGAAGAAAAGACAAAUGAAAUUGAGAAUUUAUUGUACAAAAUAUCAGUUAUGGUCGAAAUGGUGGUUGUUGAGUUAUUCUGUUUGGUUGUUGACCCCCAGAAAGAAAUGCUAGCACCAUUUGUAAUAAUCUGAAAUUGAAAUAAAAUUACUAUGUUAAACUAC